AUGGCUUUUUUGAUCAAGAGCAUGAUUGGUAACCCGUUGUCAGGAAUAGGUCUCGGUGGUGGUGGUGACAAAGAAGAGGAGGCCACCCCCUCAGACCCCGCCAAAGCUGCAGGGAUGACACGCGAGGAGUAUGAGGAGUACCAAAAACAGUUGGUGGAGGAGAAGAUGGAAAGAGAUGCAGAUUUCUUGCACAAGAAAGCCGAGCGGGCGACACUCAGGGUGUGCUUAAGAGACAAGUACAGGCUGCCGAAGAGUGAGCAGGACGAGAACAUGAUUGAGAUGGCUGGGGAUGAUGUGGAUGUACCAGAGGAGCUCCUCAAGAUGGUCGAUGAGGACGCCACAGAGGAGGAGGGCAAGGACUCCAUUCUGGGCCAGAUGCAGAACCUGCAGAACAUGGAUAUGGACCAGCUCAAGGAGAAAGCCUCAGCUACUGUCACUGAGUUGAAGACCAAGGCAGAAGAGAAGUGCACUGUGAUGUGA